ACAAUUGAAGGGUACAGGAAUAAAACAAGGAGGGUCCAAAAUAUUGUGGUUCUUUGUUUUUAAAUGUAUCUGGUGCUACUCUCCAAGCUUUUUCUCAUGACCAACAUUGGUGGCAUAAAACUUGAAAGGUCACCGAUAUUUUUAAUUAUAAAGAUAUACCGAACAGGUAUAAAACUAGGAAGGUCCGCGCGCUACACGUUUAAAACAAGGAUAGUCCGGGGCCACCAGUUCAGCCGCUCUCGUGGAUCAAGCAGGUCCAGUCUUGAAGCAACCCGUGUGGUAGCAGUUCGUGUUUUUAUCGCUAAUAUACACGUGUUUUGAAGCGUUUGCUGUAUUUUGUGAAAAAAUGGACGGUGAGAAUGUACCACAACGGGAAAAAAAGAGGCCUAGAACUGGAAGAAUGCAAGAUGUGAUGAAGAAAGUUCGAUUGGCUUCCCACGAGCAAGGUCCUCCAUGUUUUUGUAAACGUUUGAAAUGUUUUGAAGUUACAACAACCGAACAACGUAAGUCAAUUUUAACAUAUAUGAACAACUUGUCCACAAACAAUGAACAAAAUAACUAUCUAAGCAGUUUAAUGUCGGUUACUCCGGUUCAAAGGCGCCGUAAUCGGAAGCCAGAAGAAGAAGAAGCUAAUUUUCAUGACAGCGUAUUUUCUUACAAAAUUAGGGUAAAAGAAAACGAUCAGAUCAUUGAGAAACCAAUCUGCUACAAAGUUUUUUUGAGCAUUCAUGGCAUUAGCAAAGGAAAACUAGAACACUUGCAAAAAGCUUUAAAGGAUAGAGGAACAGCACCUAAAGAUAAAAGAGGCCAACAUAGCUCUAAAGUAAGGCGCUUACCUGACGCUACAUACCAACACGUUUUUGACCAUAUUGGUUCUUUUAAGGGACGGCUUUCACAUUAUAGUUUAGGUGACUCCAAAAAACUUUACCUGCCUGAAGGUCUAAAUAUUAAAAAGAUGUUUAAUAUGUUUAAACAAGUAUAUCCAGAAGAAAAGGUGUCUUGCGAAACUUAUCGCAAUAUUUUUAACACUCAAUUUAAUAUCAGUUUCGGAUACCCACGAAGCGACACAUGUAGUACAUGUGAUAGAUUUACCGCGGAGGUAAACAGACUGAGAGCCGAAAACACUCCAGAAGCCGCAGUCACUAUAAGAAAAUUAGAAAUUGAAAAUGAAUUACAUAAAAGAAGGGCUGACGCAUUCUAUGACAAAAAAAGAACAGCUAGGCGUCGAGAUAGAACCAGCAAUGAUUUUAUCGCCGUUGCAAUGGACUACCAGAAAAACGUGUACCUUCCAAAUAUACCCACAAACGAUGUAUAUUAUCUGCGUCAGCUGUCAAUGUAUUCGUUUAAUAUACAUGUUUUGGGUACAGCGCAAUCACUUUUCUAUACAUAUCCAGAAAAUCUUGCAAAGAAGGGAUUUGAUGAGGUUUGCUCGUUUUUGUUUGAUUUUUUAAUGAAUUACGUUGGAAACAACAUCAAACAUUUGCACUUGUUUUGUGACUCUGCUGGAGGACAGAAUAAGAAUUAUUCUGUUUUCCGCUUUAUGCAUUAUAUUGUACAUUCUAUUCAAAGACUUGAUUCCAUUCGUAUCACAUUUCCAAUUCGAGGCCACUCAUACCUUGAAUGUGAUAAAAACAUGGGAUUGGUUAACUUUAAAACACGAAUGGAAUUGCCAAAAGAUUACUAUGAUUUACUGGAACGCUCUAGAACUAAACCAACUCCAUUUUCUGUGAUAAGGGUAUAG